AUGGAACGGCACGUGUCGAGGAAAACACGAGAGAUCGAAGCUUAUUUCGCCGCUUCCCCGAAAACCGACGCGAUUCUGGUGGUCAAGAGGGGCGGAUCACCCGACGACGUCGUCAAGUUCCACGUCAACAAGGCGGUAAGUCAUGAGUAGUUUUGUAAAAAUCGUACGGCUAAUCUUUUGCAGUUCCUCUCCUAUCACUCCGACUAUUUCGAUCGUCUGUUCAACGGCGAUUACAAAGAGAAAACGAUGCCGGCGAUUCCGAUAGAAAACGUGAAUUUCGCGAAAUUCGCGCGUUUUCUGAGAACCAUCGAUUUGGAUCCGCUCUUUCCAACAUGUAAAUAAUAGUGUCUCUACUGUACAAAACGCUUAAUCAAAUUUUGUGUUCAGAUAAAACCGUCGAGGACCUUCUCCAACUCGCCGAUCGCUUCCUAAUGCCCGCCGUCACUCGGAUCGUCGAGAACUUUCUCCUCGCACACCAAUAUCCCGACGAUUUGGUCGCCAAACUGACGUGGGCGGACCGGUACCGACUCGACAAACUGAUGGCGAUGUGCUUCGCUAGUAUGAAGACAAAGGCCGACGUGCUAAUUGUGAUAGAGAAUCUUGGGAACGACGUCAGCGACGCCACCAAGGUCCGUCUCUACAACCAUUUGA